CCUCCUCUACUUACUGUUGCUCGCUACUUCUCUCUUUACUCAUCCUCCACGUCGUCAAAGUCCAGAGAGGAGCUCGGAAUGAUAUUUUGCAGAGUGAGAUCGAGUAAACAUCAGCGCGAGUUGUUAUUUGUUUCAACGAAACAUUACUCCGUAGCAAAAAAACAACAAUAGUACUCUGAUUAUUUUACCCACAUCGUUUCACAUCAAGUCCACAAGGUGGCGGGCAAGCACGUGCAGCGAACGCGACUCGAGCAAUGGUCAUCGUUACCCGUGGUGAUUACAUAUGGAUCGAGCCCAUAUCAGGAAGGGAAUUCGACGUAGCUAUUGGAGCAAGAGUUAUAUCUGCAGAAGGAAGACGUAUUCAAGUAAAGGACGACGACAACAAAGAACAAUGGCUAACACCAGAACGCCGAAUAAAAGCAAUGCACGCUACCUCCGUGCAAGGUGUAGAAGAUAUGAUAAGUCUAGGCGACCUCCACGAGGCAGGAAUACUCAGGAAUCUUUUAAUAAGAUACAAUGAGAAUCUCAUUUACACUUACACAGGCUCAAUUCUAGUCGCUGUUAAUCCCUAUCAGAUAUUACCUAUUUACACUGCCGAGCAAAUAAAGCUCUACAAGGAUCGAAAAAUCGGUGAAUUACCGCCCCACAUAUUUGCUAUUGGUGACAAUAGUUAUGCGCAUAUGAACCGUUAUGGUCAAGAUCAGUGCAUCGUUAUCAGUGGUGAAAGUGGAGCCGGUAAAACAGAAAGUACUAAAUUGAUAUUGCAAUAUUUAGCAGCUAUCAGCGGCAAACACUCGUGGAUUGAACAGCAAAUUCUAGAAGCUAAUCCUAUUUUAGAAGCAUUUGGUAAUGCAAAAACUGUGAGAAAUGACAAUUCAUCGCGCUUUGGAAAAUAUAUCGACAUACAUUUCAACCAUCAAGGUGUCAUUGAAGGUGCUAAGAUAGAACAGUAUUUAUUGGAAAAAUCUCGUAUCGUAUCGCAGAAUCGCGAUGAAAGAAAUUACCACGUUUUUUAUUGCAUGCUGGCGGGCUUAUCGAAGGAAGAGAAGAAAAGAUUGGAACUCGAAGAUGCCUCGCAGUAUCGUUAUUUAACUGGAGGCGGCAGUAUCACAUGCGAAGGUCGUGACGACGCUGCUGAAUUCGCAGACAUAAGAUCUGCUAUGAAGGUUUUGCUGUUUUCCGACAAUGAAAUUUGGGAAAUUUUGAAAUUACUUGCGGCUUUAUUGCAUAUGGGUAAUAUAAAGUACAGAGCAACGGUAAUUGACAAUUUAGAUGCUACUGAAAUAUCUGAACAUACGAGUGUUCAGAGAGUAGCGCAACUGUUGGGUGUUCCGGUACAAUCACUCGUUGCGGCGCUAACUAGGCGCACAAUAUUUGCACAUGGCGAGACAGUAAUUUCUACAUUGUCGCGAGAGCAAUCUGUCGAUAUCCGGGAUGCUUUUGUCAAAGGUAUUUACGGUAGGUUGUUUGUUCACAUUGUCAAGCGAAUUAAUGAAGCCAUUUAUCGGCCUAAAAAUACCUCAAGAAGCGCCAUCGGGGUCCUGGAUAUAUUCGGAUUCGAAAACUUCGACCACAAUAGUUUUGAACAGUUUUGCAUUAAUUACGCAAAUGAAAAUCUUCAGCAGUUUUUCGUCCAGCAUAUUUUCAAAUUAGAGCAAGAAGAAUACAAUCACGAGGGAAUAAAUUGGCAACAUAUUGAAUUCGUUGAUAAUCAAGAUGCUUUAGAUUUAAUAGCAAUCAAGCAGCUCAAUAUAAUGGCUCUGAUUGAUGAAGAAUCAAAAUUCCCUAAAGGAACUGACCAAACCAUGCUGGCUAAAAUUCACAAGACUCAUGGAAGCCACAGAAAUUAUCUUAAACCUAAAUCAGACAUCAACACGUCAUUUGGAUUGAAUCAUUUUGCCGGAGUAGUAUUUUACGACACUCGAAGCUUCCUUGAGAAGAAUCGUGACACUUUUAGCGCGGAUUUGCUUCAGCUGAUUCACAUAUCCUCUAAUAAAUUUCUACAGACAUGCUUUGCUGAGGACAUUGGGAUGGGAUCGGAAACGCGAAAACGAGCGCCUACUUUGUCAACGCAAUUCAAAAAAUCACUUGACUCACUGAUGCGAACACUCUGUAGUUGUCAGCCUUUUUUUAUCCGCUGUAUUAAGCCGAAUGAGUUUAAAAAGCCAAUGAUGUUUGACAGAGGACUGUGUUGUCGGCAAUUGAGAUACUCUGGAAUGAUGGAGACCAUCAGGAUUCGUCGAGCUGGUUAUCCGAUUCGACACUCUUUUCCUGAAUUUGUAGAACGUUAUCGUUUUCUACUCUCGGGCAUUCCUCCGUCACACAAGACUGACUGUCUUGCAGCAACAAGCAGAAUCUGUCGCCAAGUAUUGGGUCAGUCCGAUUAUCAAUUAGGACACACCAAAGUAUUUCUCAAAGACGCUCAUGAUCUUUUCUUGGAGCAAGAACGAGAUCGGGUUUUGACGCGUAAAAUUUUGAUACUACAGCGGAAUAUCCGUGGGUGGGUUUAUCGUCGGAGAUUUUUGAGAAUGCGAGCUGCAGCUAUUGUGGUUCAAAAGAUGUGGCGAGGAUACGAACAACGCCAGCGAUACAAACGAAUGCGCAGCGGGUACAUGAGACUUCAGGCAUUGAUCAGGUCACGGGUGUUGGCUCACAGAUUUCGACAUUUGCGUGGACACAUUGUGGCCCUGCAGGCUCGAGCAAGGGGAUACUUGGUGCGUAGAAUGUAUCGGAAGAAAAUGUGGGCUAUUGUGAAAAUUCAAGCACACGUCAGACGAUUAAUUGCUCAGAGGAGGUACAAAAAAGUCCAGUAUGAGUACAGGCUUCAUAUCGAAGCUCUGAGGCUGCGCAAGAAAGAAGAAAGAGAGCUCAAAGAUCAAGGCAAUAAACGAGCUAAAGAAAUAGCCGAGCAAAAUUACCGGGAACGGAUACAGGAGCUGGAGAGAAAGGAAAUUGAAAUGGAAAUGGAAGACAGAAGGAGGAUGGAAAUUAAGAAGAAUUUAAUUAAUGAUGCUGCCAAGAAGCAAGAUGAGCCGGUUGAUGACAGCAAGUUAGUCGAAGCGAUGUUUGACUUCUUGCCUGAUUCCAGCAGCGAAGCUCCGACUCCUGCAAGAGAGACAUCAGUGUUCAAUGAUCUUCCAUCCCCUAAAGCUGAUCAGCAGGAAAUUAUCAGUCCAGUUCAAACAGCUUCUGAGGAUGAAGAAGAUUUAACAGAGUUUAAAUUUCAAAAGUUUGCAGCUACUUAUUUCCAGGGAAAUAUUACUCAUCAUUUUUCUAAAAAGCCAUUGAAGCAUCCUCUGCUUCCAUUGCAGACUCAAGGUGACCAGCUUGCUGCUCAAGCUCUUUGGAUCACUAUUUUGAGAUUCACCGGUGAUUUACCAGAGCCAAGAUAUCAUACUAUGAAUCGAGACACCACUUCAGUAAUGUCUAAAGUUACCGCUACGCUGGGUAGGAAUUUCAUCAGAAGCAAAGAAUUCCAAGAGGCGCAAAUGAUGGGGAUGGAUCCUGAGUCUUUUAAACAGAAGCCACGCUCAAUCAGGCACAAGCUUGUGUCCUUGACGCUGAAAAGAAAAAACAAAUUAGGUGAAGAUGUGAGAAGACGUUUGCAAGAUGACGAAUAUACAGCGGAUAGUUAUCAGUCGUGGUUAGAAUCAAGACCAACUUCUAAUUUAGAAAAAUUACAUUUUAUAAUUGGCCACGGAAUUUUACGGGCAGAAUUGCGCGAUGAAAUUUACUGUCAAAUUUGUAAAUUGCUCACCAAUAAUCCGACAAAGUCGUCUCACGCAAGAGGUUGGAUACUUUUGUCGCUCUGCGUGGGGUGUUUUGCUCCCUCUGAAAAAUUUGUAAAUUAUCUACGAGCUUUCAUUCGAGAGGGACCACCAGGAUACGCUCCUUACUGUGAAGAUCGUUUGAAACGGACAUUUAAUAAUGGAACAAGAAACCAACCACCCAGUUGGCUCGAGCUUCAAGCAACUAAAUCAAAAAAACCCAUCAUGUUACCCAUAACCUUCAUGGAUGGUAACACCAAAACUCUGCUUGCAGAUUCAGCAACGACAGCUCGAGAAUUGUGCAACCAAUUGUCGGACAAAAUAUCUCUGAGAGACCAAUUUGGUUUUUCUCUGUACAUUGCUUUGUUUGACAAAGUUUCUUCCCUUGGAAGUGGCGGUGACCAUGUGAUGGACGCGAUAUCCCAGUGCGAGCAGUACGCUAAAGAACAAGGUGCUCAGGAACGGAAUGCACCUUGGAGAUUAUUCUUCAGGAAAGAAAUAUUCGCUCCUUGGCACGAGCCAACGGAGGAUCAAGUCGCGACGAAUCUCAUUUACCAGCAAGUAGUUAGGGGAGUUAAAUUUGGCGAGUAUAGGUGUGAUAAAGAAGACGACUUGGCUAUGAUAGCAGCUCAACAAUAUUACAUCGAAUAUCACACUGAUAUGAAUGUCGAUCGUUUAUUUGCAUUGCUUACUAAUUACAUUCCUGACUACUGUCUCACUUCUCUGGAAAAACCUAUCGAGGUUUGGGGUCAUCUGGUUCUGCAGGCGUACAAAAAAAGUUAUUACCUCAAGGAAAAAAUUCCGGCUCUUCGCGUAAAAGAAGACAUUGUAGGCUACGCUAAAUUCAAAUGGCCGCUGUUGUUUUCACGUUUUUACGAAGCUUACAGAAAUUCAGGACCAAAUUUACCUAAGAACGACGUUAUUAUUGCUGUUAAUUGGACAGGAGUUUACGUGGUUGAUGAUCAAGAACAAGUGUUACUAGAGUUAUCAUUCCCUGAGAUCACUACAGUGUCUAGUCAAAAAACAACUAAAAUGUUUACCCAAACUUUCAGCUUGUCAACGGUACGCGGUGAAGAGUUCACCUUCCAAAGUCCUAACGCUGAAGAUAUUCGUGAUCUGGUUGUUUACUUCCUCGAAGGCCUGAAAAAGCGAAGUAAAUAUGUAAUUGCUCUGCAGGACUACAAACCUCCGGGCAAUGAGAAUAAUUGUUCAUCAUUCCUUACCUUUCAGAAGGGUGAUUUGAUAGUUUUAGAUGACGAGAGUACGGGAGAGACGGUUUUAAAUUCCGGGUGGUGCAUUGGAAUUUGCGAGAGGACUGGAGAAAAAGGAGACUUUCCAGCAGAAACUGUUUACGUUCUUCCUUCAUUGUCCAAACCACCUAAUGAUAUUCUUGCGUUGUUCAGUAUUGAGGCGCCAGAAAACAGCCGUCGACUUUAUCCGCAACAAAUAAAUGGGAUUGAGCCACGAGACAAGCCUCACACAUUGCUUGAAUAUUCGAUAGAUCACUUUAGAACUCCUCCGAAGAGAACAAUGUCCAAAGCGCUGACAUUAACAACUGCAAGACGCGGCCACGUUGAUGAACUUUGGCGGCAUUCUAGGGAUCCAAUAAAAGCACCGCUUCUGAAAAAAUUAAUUUCUAAAGAAGAACUGGCUGAAGAAGCUUGUUUUGCUUUUAAUGCUAUACUUAAAUACAUGGGAGACUUACCGACCAAGAGACCGAGGAUUGGUAAUGAGUACACUGAUUUAAUAUUUGAAGGGCCAUUAAAGAAUGAGAUUCUCCGUGAUGAAAUUUAUUGUCAAAUAAUGAAACAAUUGACGGACAAUAGGAAUAGAUUGAGCGAAGAAAGAGGAUGGGAGCUAAUGUGGCUCGCUACGGGUCUCUUUGUCUGCAGUCAGAGUUUACUUAAAGAAUUGACGUUAUUCUUGCGCACCAGGCGACAUCCGAUCUCUCAAGACUCGCUUCAAAGAUUACAAAAGACACUGAGAAACGGACAGCGGAAAUAUCCACCGCAUCAGGUUGAAGUCGAGGCGAUUCAGCAUAAAACUACCCAAAUUUUCCACAAGGUAUACUUUCCAGAUGACACUGAUGAAGCGUUUGAAGUUGAUUCGUCGACCAAAGCUAAAGACUUUUGCCAGAAUAUCGCUCAAAGACUUAAUUUAAGAUCUGCUGAAGGGUUUAGUUUGUUUGUUAAAAUUGCUGAUAAGGUCAUUUCCGUUCCUGAAGGAGAUUUCUUCUUUGAUUUUGUAAGACAUUUGACGGAUUGGAUUAGAAAAACUAGACCAUCGAGAGAUGGUGUUUCACCACAAUUUACCUAUCAAGUUUUCUUUAUGAAAAAAUUGUGGACUAAUACUGUUCCUGGUAAAGAUCGUAAUGCUGAUUUGAUAUUUCAUUUUCAUCAAGAAUUGCCUAAAUUAUUACGAGGAUAUCAUAAUUGCUCGAAAGAAGAAGCUUCAAGACUGGCUGCUCUCGUUUAUCGAGUACGUUUCGGCGAAAGUAAACAAGAACUUCAAGCAAUUCCUCAAAUGUUACGCGAAUUAAUACCUGGUGACUUGGUUAAAAUCCAAAAUGCAAACGAUUGGAAACGAUCUAUCGUAGCGGCUUAUAAUCAAGAUGCAGGAAUGAGUCCUGAAGAUGCGAAAAUACAAUUCUUAAAGGCAAUCUAUCGUUGGCCGACAUUCGGAUCGGCUUUCUUCGAAGUUAAACAAGGAACUGAUCCAAAUUACCCAGAAUUAUUGCUGAUUGCCAUCAAUAAGACCGGUGUGAGUCUUAUUCACCCUCAAACAAAGGAAAUAUUGGUGACUCAUCCGUUUACAAGAAUCUCUAACUGGUCAUCGGGUAAUACUUAUUUCCACAUGACAAUCGGAAAUCUAGUUAAAGGCUCAAAACUACUUUGCGAAACAUCUUUAGGCUAUAAAAUGGAUGAUUUAUUAACUUCAUACAUCUCCCUAAUGCUUACAAAUAUGAACAAACAACGAACUAUAAGAGGUCCGAAAUCAUAAUCAACUAAAUCGUCGUUUUGAAAAAAAGAAAAAAAAAUCUUUUUUACUCUACUAAUUAAGUAUGUACAGAAAGGUGCAUUUAUUUUUUACUUUACCGACGUUGUAAAUGAAUGUUAUUUUUUUGAUAGAUGGGAUCGAAAUUUGUAAAAUAUUAAGCACUAUUAAAGUUAAAAAAAAGUCAAUGAUAAUUACUUAAUCAAAGUAAGAUGAGAUAUACGUGUAUAUACAAUUAUUAAAAAUGAUAUUCAUAUACAUAGAUAUAUUUGUAUUAAAUAGAGUUAAAUAAUUAUAAUGAGAAUGUAUGAAAUAAAUAUUUUAGCUAUUUUAUUCUUCAUACACUUCUCUUCUCAAGAUCGUCGCUUCCGUCCGUAUUAUAAGAAUAAAAUAAAAAAUUUUAUUAUAGCGGCAAUGUA